AUGGACGCCGUCCUGGUGGCUUCCGACACCGUCCCCGAAGGCACGCCGCAAGUCAGCGGGGUAAAUUUCGACAAAUUCGCAGACCGCGACAUCACCGCCGCGGAGCUCCUGGAGAAUAUGGCCGGCAUGGGGUUCCAGGCCACCGCCGUUGCCGACGCCGCAAGAAUCAUCAAUGACAUGAGAGCGUGGCGGGACCCCGAGACGGGCCAGGGCACGACAAUAUUCCUCGGAUACACGUCAAAUUUGAUAUCCUCGGGCCUGCGCGACACGCUGCGCUACCUCGUCCAGCACAAGCACGUGUCGGCAAUCGUCACGACGGCCGGCGGCGUCGAGGAGGAUCUGAUCAAGUGUCUGGCGCCCACAUACCUGGGGUCGUUCACGCUGCAGGGCGCGUCGCUGCGCGAAAAGGGCAUGAAUCGCAUCGGGAACCUGAUUGUGCCCAAUAGCAAUUACUGCGCGUUUGAGGACUGGGUGAUGCCGAUUCUGGACACGAUGCUGGAGGAGCAGGAGGCGUCGAAGGCGACGGAUGAGCCGCUGCACUGGACGCCCAGCAAGGUCAUACGCCGGCUGGGGAAGGAGAUCGACAACGAGGAGUCGGUCUACUACUGGGCCUACAAGAAUGAUAUCCCGGUCUUCUGUCCCGCGUUGACAGAUGGGAGUCUCGGCGACAUGUUGUAUUUCCAUACCUACAAGGCGUCCCCGCAGCAGCUGCGCAUCGAUAUUGUCGAGGACAUCCGCAAAAUUAACUCCAUGUCCUCGCUGGCCAAGCGUGCGGGGAUCAUCAUUCUGGGAGGCGGGUUGGUCAAGCACCACAUCGCAAACGCCUGCCUGAUGCGGAAUGGCGCCGAGAGCGCCGUGUACAUCAACACCGCGCAGGAGUUCGAUGGUAGCGAUGCGGGAGCUCGACCCGACGAGGCCGUGAGCUGGGGCAAAAUCAAAGCAGAUGCGCAAAGCGUCAAGGUAGAAAGAAACAUUGUUCAUUUAGUGUUUUCCCCUCUCCCCGAUCUCGGCACGUUUUAG